AUGGGGAAACAUGUUAUCGAACUGGAAACAACAGUGGAUGAGGUUCCAAAUUGGAGAACUGGUGGAGAUAAAAGGGGACCCCUCUCUCGCUCGCUCAAAGGUGUCCUUGGAGGCAAUGUUCAGAACACUCAAGAAGGAAAAAGGGGGCUUAUGGUUGGACAUUGGUCACAAGAGUGUCAGAGUUCGCUCGAACAAGUUCAUGCCUUCCAGUCAUUUUGUCCGAACAACCCAUACUCCAACACACACAAUCCGGGGUUAAGAAAUCAUCCUAAUUUGUCAUACAAGAGCACUAAUGUUCUAAAUCCUCCUGCACCACAACGACAGGCACAACCAUUGAACCAGAGAUAUUACCAACAACCUUCUCAGCAACCCCCUGGUUUCUCUAGACCACCUUUCAAUCCAUCUCCACAAGCACCUCCUGCCGAUCCCAUGAUGAACCAGUUAGCACAGUUGGCUACAUUGAACUCUACUCGACAGCAAGGUGCUUUACCACCACAAUCUAUCCAGCCAACAGAUUCGGCAAACGCCAUCACCCUCCGCAGUGGUUCUCAUUACAAUGGACCACCCAUGCUUACUGAUGAUAUUGUGAGUGUUAAUAACGAUGGGAAACAGGUCCAAGAUGAACUAGCAACCGAGAAGGAGGACUCUAAGCAAGUGAAUGAACAUGGAGAGCCAAAUGAGGCCAAACAACAUGCUAUUGAGGUUCCUCCUAUGAAACUUCCUCUUCCAAAUCGUCAACUUAAGAGUAAGCUAGACCAACAAUUUGGUGAAGGCAGUAUUUGGAGUAAUGAGAUCGCUGCUAUUGAGGAGGCCCUGGCAAGUGAAUUAGUUGACCUUAGUGAGUGCCAUAAGUUAAAGAGUGCUACACUUAAUAACGGCCAACUCUCCCAACUUUUGACUGUUUUAAAAACUCAUAAGAAGGCUAUUGGGUACAGUAUCGAUGACUUGAAGGGUAUAAGCCCCGAUUUUUGUAUGCACAGGAUACACCUCGAGGAUGAUCAUAAACCUUGCAUUCAACCACAACGGAGAUUGAAUCCCAACAUGCAAGAAGUGGUUAAUAAAGAAGUGAUGAAACUACUAGAUGCAGACUAUAGGAGACUCAAUAUGGCCACUAAAAAGGACCACUUCCCUCUACCUUUUAUUGACCAAAUGCUUGAACGGUUGGCAUUUCACAAAUAUUUCUGUUACUUGGAUGAGUAUUCCGGUUUUUUUCGAAUUCCCAUUGAUCCUGAUGAUCAAGAAAAGAGAACUUUUAACUGUCCUUAUGGCACUUUUGCAUAUCGUAGAAUGCCCUUUGGUUUGUGUAAUGCCCCUGCUACCUUUCAACGUUGCAUGAUGAGUAUCUUUUCAGAGUUCAUAGAGUCUAUUAUGGAAGUCUUUAUGGAUGAUUUUAGUGUGUAUGGCUCCACGUUUGAUACGUGCUUAGUUAAUAUCACUAAAGUCAUGAAAAGAUGUGAAGAAUGUAAUUUGGUUUUAAACUGGAAAAAAUGGCAUUUUAUGGUGACUGAAGGCGUUGUUUUAGGCCAUAUUGUUUCUGGUAAAGGCAUCCAAGUGGAUCGUGCUAAAGUCCAAGUGAUUGAGCAAUUACCCCCACCUAAUAAUGUUAAAGGAGUCCGCAGUUUCCUUGGUCAUGCGGGGUUUUAUCGCCGUUUCAAUAAGGAUUUUUCAAAAAUCGCUAAACCACUCACACAACUCCUUCUUAUAGAUGCUCCCUUUGAUUUUACUGAUGAGUGUCUUGAGUCAUUUGACAGGAUCAAGAAAGCUUUGAUAACUGCACCUAUUAUCCGUUUUCCUGAUUGGGAACUCCCUUUCGAGAUAAUGUGUGAUGCGAGUGAUUAUGCAGUUGGGGCCGUACUCAGUCAACGCCAGGAUAAGGUCUUACAUGCUAUCUAUUACGCCAGCAAGACGUUGGAUGAGGCACAAGUUAACUAUGCUACCACAGAAAAUGAACUUUUGGCUAUUGUUGAACCUUAG